CGCUUCUCCUCCUUUCCUUCCCCUAUCCACUUUGGAGCACAUCUGCUCGCUUCCAGAAUGCAGGGAAAGGGCUUCGCUUUCCUUUUAAAACUCCACUGGAUUCUCAACUUGGUUUCUGCAAUCCAGAGAGAGGAGCUUUUCCCGUUUGGUCCACACACACAGGACAUUACCCUGCAACAAGGCGAUGAUGAAACUUCUCAAGUUGUAACACUCAAAAGGCCACUUGUUUUUUAUGAUACACAGUUCAGUAAUCUUUACGUAGGAACGAAUGGGAUCAUCUCCACUCAGGAUUUCCCCCGAGAGACCCAAUAUGUGGAUGACGGAUUCCCCACUGACUUCCCGGUGAUAGCGCCUUACUUGUCAGAUAUCGACACAAGUAAUGGCCGAGGGCGGAUUUAUUACAGAGAAGACGAUUCCUCUGACGUCCUUGACCGCGCAGGCCAAGAGAUCAGGAGAGGCUUUCCUCAAAGUUCAUUCACCCCGACCAACGCUUUCAUCGCCACCUGGGAGAACGUGGCGCCUUAUGAGGAAAUAACGCGCUCGGUUGCCUCCUCUGGCCGGUUCAACACCUUUCAAGCACUAUUGGCUUUUGAUGAGUCAAACACCUAUGCAAUUUUUCUGUACCCAGAAGAUGGCUUGCAGUUCUUUGGGACCCGUCCUAAGGAGUCCUACAAUGUUCAGAUAGAGCUGCCUGCUCGGGUGGGCUUCAGCAGAGGAGAAACUGGGUUCCUGCUGUGGAAAAGUGAGGGCCCUCAUUACAGUAUUACCAGCAAUGAGCAAACUGUGAAAAAUCUAUAUCAGAUGGGCAAUUCAGGAAUCCGAGGAGUUUGGGUUUUUCAUAUUGGUGCAACUUCCUCUUUCAACAAUGUAGUGCAAGCAAAAAUUGGAAGGGCACCAUCAGAAGGGGAUUCUAUUGUAACACUGGACAGUACUUUAAGUGGUCCAGUUGUGCCUGAUACAUUGGAAUCUGAAUACACUGAGGCUGAAGAUUACAAACAAUAUUAUGAAGAUGAUAAUGAAGAAGAGUUGGACUACAUACCCUCUGUAUCCACAGAACCUGAGGACAGUGUUGAUGGUAUUCCAGAUGACCCACCAUAUCCAGAUGUAGGCAUUAUCCCAUCCUAUCCUGAAGGCUAUCCAGAGGCAGGCAUUGUGUCAUCAUACCCUGAGUCUUGGGCUUUGCCAUCAUAUCUUAAGAGGCAUCCUGAGGAUGAGACUGGGCCAAGGCACACUGAUGAAUACUCAGAAGUUGAACCUUUGCCUAGAAAUCCAUUAUCAGUUACACAUGAUAGACAUGUUGUCAGUGUGGAAGAAGAUGAGGAAUUAGGUACUGGUGUUUUCACUUACAGUACAGAUACAAAAGAAACCUGUGAGAGAAACCAGGGGCAAUGUUCCCAGCAUGCUUCUUGUACAGAUUACUCAAGUGGAUUCUGCUGCCAUUGCCAUUCUGGUUACUAUGGCAAUGGAAGAGAAUGCCUACCAGAAGGUGUUACACAGCGUGUGAAUGGAAAAGUAAAUGGGAAGUUAAUGGUUGGAACGAGUCGAAUGCCUGUGGAGUUUCGGAAUGCUGACCUGCAUGCAUAUGUAGUUGUAAAUGAUGGGAGAGCCUUUACAGCUAUUAGUCAAAUUCCUGAGGAAGUAGGUUGGGCAAUGCAAUCACUUUCUAUAAUUGGAGAUCUUUUUGGAUGGUUGUUUGCUGUAGAGCAACCAGGCUUCAAAAAUGGUUUCAGCAUUGCAGGUGCUAAAUUUAUUCGCAAUGUCGAUAUCACCUUCUAUCCAGGCAAUGAGAAGUUAAAUAUAAUGCAAAUAGCUCAAGGACUUGAUACGCAGAAUUAUCUCAGUGUUGUUACUGAGAUUGAGGGUGAGUUGCCUAAUAUUGCACAAGGUGCUACAGUCCAGAUCCAGCCAUACGAUGAACUCUACCACCGCUCCAGUUCUGCAAUGACUUCUACAGCCUACAGGGAAUAUUCUGUUAAAUCCAGGAAUGGUGAGACACAGACACUUCGAUAUCAGUUGAGACAGAAUAUUACUUACUAUGACUGUGAACAUGCACCACGGACCAUUCCAGCCACUCAACAACUUAACGCUAACCGUAUUUUUGUGCUAUAUGAUCAAAGUGAGCAAGUGGUUAGAUAUGCAAUGAUCAACCAGAUUGGACCAGCCAGAGUUAACUCUGGGCCUGAUACUGUAAAUCCAUGUCAGGAUGGAAGGCAUACUUGUGAUGCAAGAGCACAGUGUUUCCCAAUAAAUGAACAUGAACACAUCUGCAAAUGUGCACCCGGCUACCAGGGAGACGGCAAAGUUUGCACAGAUAUUGAUGAGUGUGCUGAUAUAAGUUCCCAUGAAUGUGGAGAACAUACUGACUGUAUCAAUGUUCCUGGAUCCUAUGGGUGUGAGUGCCAGCGUGGUUAUGAAAUUCUAGAGAAUGGAAAUAUAUGUGUUCGUAUUGAUAAAUGUACUGAAGGUUUAUGUCACCCACAUGCGACUUGUUACAAUAUCCCUGGCUCAUUUGUCUGUCGGUGUAACCCUGGUUAUGAAGGAGAUGGUGUCCAUUGUAGGUCGAUACAGCCUGAACUUACAGGACAGCCAAAGACUGCUUGCGAGGAGCAGCGAGAUAAAGUGGAAGCAGCGUUCAGCCCCCGUGGGAAUCGACCACACUUUGGAAUGCAUGUUCCUCACUGUGAUGAGCAGGGCAACUUCAGGCCCCUACAGUGCCACAGCAGUACAGGCCAGUGUUGGUGUGUGGAUGCAUGGGGAAGGGAAAUUCCUGGAAGCAGAACACACCCUGGAAAUAAUCCACCACAGUGUGGACCCCCAGAACUCAAUGAAAGACCAAAGACUGUUUGUGAACAGCACCGAGAGAGACUGCAAGCAGAGCUGAACCUGCAUGGAUCUCAACCUAUUGUUGGACUCUAUAUCCCUGAAUGUGAUGAAGAAGGGAACUUCAGGCCUCUGCAAUGUCAUGGCAGCACAGGCUACUGCUGGUGUGUGUAUGAAAAUGGACAGGAAAUUCCUGGGACUAGGACACCACCUGGAAUCAGUCAGCCACACUGUGGGUUGCCAGCAGUCACUGAACGUCCAAAGACUGUUUGUGAACAGCACCGAGAGAGACUGCAAACAGAGCUGAGGCUGCGUGGAUCUCAACCUCUUGUUGGACUCCAUAUCCCUGAAUGUGAUGAUGGUGGGAACUUCAGACCUCUGCAAUGUCACGGCAGCACAGGCUACUGCUGGUGUGUGGAUGAAAGGGGACAGGAAAUUCCUGGGACUAGGACACCACCUGGAACUGGUCAACCACAGUGUAGACAGCCAGCAACCAAUGAACGUCCUAAGACUGCUUGUGAACAGCACCGAGAGAGACUGCAAACAGAGCUGAGGCUGCGUGGAUCUCAACCUCUUGCUGGACUCCAUAUCCCUGAGUGUGAUGGAGAAGGGAACUUCAGACCUCUGCAAUGUCACGGCAGCACAGGCUACUGCUGGUGUGUGUAUGAAAACGGACAGGAAAUUCCUGGGACUAGGACACCACCUGGAACUGGUCAUCCACAGUGUGGACAGCCAGCAACCAAUGAACGUCCAAAGACUGCUUGUGAACUGCACCGAGAGAGACUGCAAACAGAGCUGAACCUGCAUGGAUCUGAACCUCUUGUUGGACUCCAUAUCCCUGAGUGCGAUGAAGAAGGGAACUUCAGACCUCUGCAAUGUCACAGCAGCACAGGCUACUGCUGGUGUGUGUAUGAAAACGGACAGGAAAUUCCUGGGACUAGGACAUCACCUGGAACUGGUCAACCACAGUGUGGACAGCCAGCAACCAAUGAACGUUCAAAGACUGCUUGUGAACAGCACCGAGAGAGAUUGCAAACAGAGCUGAGCCUGCGUGGAUCUCAAUCUCUUGUUGGAAUCCAUAUCCCUGAGUGUGAUGAAGAAGGGAACUUCAGGCCCCUGCAAUGUCACGGCAGUACAGGCUACUGCUGGUGUGUGUAUGAAAACGGACAGGAAAUUCCUGGGACUAGGACAUCACCUGGAACUGGUCAACCUCGCUGUGGGCUGCCAGCAACCAAUGAACAUCCAAAGACUGCUUGUGAACAGCACCGAGAGAGACUGCAAGCAGAGCUGAACCUGCGUGGAUCUCAACCUCUUGUUGGACUCCAUAUCCCUGAGUGUGAUGAAGAAGGGAACUUCAGGCCUCUGCAAUGUCACGGCAGUACAGGCUACUGCUGGUGUGUGUAUGAAAACGGACAGGAAAUUCCUGGGACUAGGACACCACCUGGAACUGGUCAACCACAGUGUGGACAGCCAGAACCCAUUGAACGUCCAAAGACUGUUUGUGAACAGCACCGAGAGAGACUGCAAACAGAGCUGAGGCUGCGUGGAUCUCAACCUCUUGUUGGACUCCAUAUCCCUGAGUGUGAUGAAGAAGGGAACUUCAGGCCUCUGCAAUGUCACGGCAGCACAGGCUACUGCUGGUGUGUGGAUGAAAGGGGACAGGAAAUUCCUGGGACUAGGACAUCACCUGGAACUGGUCAACCACAGUGUGGACAGCCAGAACACGAUGAACGUCCAAAGACUGUUUGUGAACAGCAUCGAGAGAGACUGCAAACAGAGCUGAGGCUGCGUGGAUCUCAACCACUUGUUGGACUCCAUGUCCCUGAGUGUGAUGAAGGUGGGAACUUCAGGCCUCUGCAGUGUCACAGCAGCACAGGCUACUGCUGGUGUGUGGAUGAAAGGGGACAGGAAAUUUCUGGGACUAGAACACCACCUGGAACUGGUCAACCACAGUGUGGACAGCCAGAACAUAUUGAACGUCCAAAGACUGCUUGUGAACAGAACCGAGAGAGACUGCAAACAGAGCUGAGGCUGCGUGGAUCUCAACCUCAUGUUGGAUUCCAUAUCCCUGAGUGUGAUGGAGAAGGGAACUUCAGACCUCUGCAAUGUCAUGGCAGUACAGGCUACUGCUGGUGUGUGGAUGAAAGGGGACAGGAAAUUUCUGGGACUAGGACACCACCUGGAACUGGUCAACCACAGUGCAGACAGCCAGAACAUGUUGAACGACCUAAGACUGUUUGUGAACAGCAUCGAGAGAGACUGCAAGCAGAGCUGAACCUGCAUGGAUCUGAACCUCUUGUUGGACUCCAUAUCCCUGAGUGCGAUGAAGAAGGGAACUUCAGGCCUCUGCAAUGUCACGGCAGCACAGGCUACUGCUGGUGUGUGUAUGAAAAUGGGCAGGAAAUUCCUGGGAGUAGGACACCACCUGGAACUGGUCAACCACAGUGUGAACAGCCAGAACACAUUGAACGUCCAAAGACUGUUUGUGAACAGCAUCGAGAGAGACUGCAAGCAGAGCUGAACCUGCAUGGAUCUGAACCUCUUGUUGGACUCCAUAUCCCUGAGUGUGAUGAAAGUGGGAACUUCAGGCCUCUGCAGUGUCACGGCAGUACAGGCUACUGCUGGUGUGUGGAUGGAAGGGGACAGGAAAUUUCUGGGACUAGGACAUCACCUGGAACUGGUCAACCACAGUGUGGACAGCCAGAACACGUUGAACGACCUAAGACUGUUUGUGAACAGCACCGAGAGAGACUGCAAACAGAGCUGAGGCUGCGUGGAUCUCAACCUCUUGUUGGACUCCAUAUCCCUGAAUGUGAUGAAGGUGGGAACUUCAGGCCUCUGCAAUGUCAUGGCAGUUCAGGCUACUGCUGGUGUGUGGAUGAAAGGGGACAGGAAAUUCCUGGUACCAGGACAUCACCUGGAACUGGUCAACCACAGUGUGGACAGCCAGAACACAUUGAACGUCCAAAGACUGCCUGUGAACAGCACAGAGAGAGACUGCAAGCAGAGCUGAGGCCGCAUGGAUCUGAACCUCUUGCUGGACUCUAUAUCCCUGAGUGCGAUGAAGAAGGGAACUACAGGCCUCUGCAAUGUCAUGGCAGUACAGGCUACUGUUGGUGUGUGGAUGAAAGGGGACAGGAAAUUCCUGGGACUAGUACACCACCUGGAACUGGACAGCCACAAUGUGGACAGCCAGAACACAUUGAACGUCCAAAGACUGCUUGUGAACAGAACCGAGAGAGACUGCAAACAGAGCUGAGGCUGCGUGGAUCUCAAGCUCUUGUUGGGCACCAUGUCCCUGAGUGUGAUGGAGAAGGGAACUUCAGACCACUGCAAUGUCACGGCAGUACAGGCUACUGCUGGUGUAUGGAUGAAAGGGGGCAGGAAAUUCCUGGGACUAGGACACCACCUGGAACUGGUCGACUACAGUGUGGACAGCCAGAACCCAUUGAACGACCAAAGACUGCUUGUGAACAGCACCGAGAGAGACUGCAAACAGAGCUGAGGCUGCGUGGAUCUCAACCUCUUGUUGGAGCCUAUAUCCCUGAAUGUGAUGAAGGUGGGAACUUCAGGCCUCUGCAAUGUCAUGGCAGUACAGGCUACUGCUGGUGUGUGGAUGAAAGGGGACAGGAAAUUUCUGGGACUAGGACACCACCUGGAACUGGUCGACCACAGUGUGGACAGUCAGCAACCAAUGAAAGACCAAAGACUGUUUGUGAACAGCACCGAGAGAGACUGGAAGCAGAGCUGAGGCCACAUGGAUCUGAACCUAUUGUAGGACUCUAUAUCCCUGAGUGUGAUGAAGAAGGGAACUUUAGGCCUCUGCAAUGUCACAGCAGCACAGGCUACUGCUGGUGUGUGGAUGAAAGGGGACAGGAAAUUUCUGGGACUAGGACACCACCUGGAACUGGUCAACCUCGCUGUGGACUGCCAGCAACCAAUGAAAGACCAAAGACUGUUUGUGAACAGCACCGAGAGAGACUGCAAGCAGAGCUGAACCUGCAUGGAUCUGAACCUCUUGUUGGACUUCAUAUCCCUGAAUGUGAUGAAAGUGGGAACUUCAGGCCUCUGCAGUGUCACAGCGGUUCAGGCUACUGCUGGUGUGUGGAUGAAAGGGGACAGGAAAUUUCUGGGACUAGGACACCACCUGGAACUGGUCAACCUCGCUGUGGACUGCCAGCACGAACUGAAUAUCCAAAAACUGCUUGUGUGGAGCAGCGAGAUCAAAUACAAGCAGAGCUCAAUAUGCAUAGCGCUCGACCUGCUUUCGGAGUACAUAUUCCUCAGUGUGAUGCAGAAGGGAAUUUCAGGCAUCUGCAGUGCCACAGCAGUACAGGCCACUGUUGGUGUGUGGAUGAAUUAGGCCAGGAAAUUUCUGGAACCAGGACACUCCCUGGAAACGAUCAACCACAGUGUGGGCUGCAAGGUGGAGGUUCUCAAAAUGAAGCAUCCACGCAGCGACAACCGACCGUAUGUGAACGUUGGAGACUGAGCCUUCUGGAACAUUAUGGUGGCAGACCAACUGAUGAUCAAUAUAUUCCUGAGUGUAAUGAGUUUGGGAAUUUUAGCCCCUUGCAAUGCCAUGGAAACAGCGGUUACUGUUGGUGUGUGGAUAAAGACGGUCGAGAAAUUCAGGGAACUAGAACUGAACCUGGCAGUCCACCAGCAUGUAUACCAACUGUUGCACCUCCUAUUAUACAGCCUUCUCCAGCGCCUGUUGUGACUCCACCACGCACGGGUACCUUCCUUUUAUAUGCUCAGGGACAGCACAUUGGGUACCUGCCCCUGAAUGGUACUCAGCUAAACAAAGAGGGAGCCAAGAGCCUGUUAGCUCUUCAUGGUUCAAUUGUUAUUGGCAUUGAUUAUGACUGCAGGGACAAGAUGGUUUACUGGACUGAUGUUUCUGGCCGAACUAUUAAUCGAGUUAGUUUGGAACCAGGUGCUGAGCCAGAAAUUAUUAUUAAUUCGGACCUGAUUAGUCCUGAAGGAUUAACCAUAGACUACCUCCAUAGAAACAUGUUUUGGACUGACAGUGGAUUGGAUAAAAUAGAAGUUGCCAAAAUGGAUGGAUCUGAACGGAAAGUUCUUGUUGAUACUGAUCUGGUAAAUCCCAGAGGAAUAGCAGUGGACUCUCGAAAUGGCAACCUUUACUGGACAGAUUGGAAUCGUGAAGCUCCUAAAAUUGAGACUUCUCGUGUAGAUGGAACAAACAGAAGGGUGUUAGUUAAAAACGACAUUGGACUGCCCAAUGGGCUGACUUUUGACCCAUUUUCCUCACAACUGUGCUGGGCUGAUGCAGGAACCAAAGACCUGGAGUGCAUAUUUUCAGAUGGUACAGGAAGGCAUGUAGUGCAGCGUGGUCUAAACUAUCCCUUUAGUAUUGUUGCCUACUCGGAUCACUUCUAUUACACAGACUGGAGAAGAGAUGGAAUUAUAGUUGUAACCAAAGAUAGCAACCAGAUUACUGAUGAGUACCUACCUGAUCAGCGAUCACAUCUGUAUGGAAUAACUGUGGCUUACCCUCGUUGUCCACAUGGAAGAAAAUAAUGACUCUGCUGGUAAUGACAACUAUGUUUCAACUAAUACAAAUGGAGGAAAAGCAGGUCUCUAUUUGGAGCAGAAUGCUGCACAGAUUGGUGUGUACUUCUCCCCCAUUGUUAGUAGGGAACUAAACUGAAAAUGUGUUACAUAGCAACUACAUUUUUUAUAAGAGCUUUCAUACCUCAUGACUUAAAGGAAAACACUACUGUGCUGCCUUUUGAUUGGCAUAUUUGAGACAAUGACUGACUGGUACGAAUGCAAGCCUACCUGACCACUCAUUCUGAAGUUUACGAACACAAGCUUAAACAGUAGCUCUAUGCUGGAUAUAUAACAGAAGUGUGCAAUGCAAUGGAGCACAAGCAAACCUACAAACACUUCAGAGAUGUGGUAAUUUUUUCUAAAGGUUGUCAAAAAGAUUUCAAUUUCCUUUCCCACCAUCCAGAAUUUACCGCAGUCUGUAGUAAUCUUCAGUCAGCUUCAAAUAACUGCAAUCAUGAUUUUUAGAAGUUCUACAUCUUGAAUCUGCACCUAAAACUUUGCAAGAUUUAGUAUUCAGCCAGAUGUUAUAAUUGUUACCUUUGUCAAGAUACAUAUAUAGAUGAAUCAGAUAUAUGAAUGUGACAGUUUGACAAAGCAUCUAAUUAGUUCCUGUUUCAAAUGGAGAUUUCUCUUUAAUUGAAACUGCUUUAACCACAAAGCAAUAUUAAAAAUUGAGCCAAAGUUUGGUACAUCAGACGAUUUAAUCUGGAACAAACCAUAGUAAUACCGGUUUUAAUUUGUGAAAUGCCUGUGUAUCAUAUUAGUGAAGUAGCAAUUGCUGAGUGUCAUUUAUGACCAGCCUGACAUAUUCUGGAUGUAUGAGAUGAACACUACAGACAAAACCCAAAAUGUCAGGUGGUCAUCUUUGACCAUUGCAGGCAAUGAAUAAUGCUUAUAGUAGAUCACAUUAUACUCGGGCUAUUUAUUUUCAAAAGCAUUAAAAAUUGUCAAACUAUUUUAAAGGUAAUGAUUCAAAUUUAAGAAAUCGCUUUAUCAUGAAUAUUUUAAAAGAAUAUUUAAGAAUUAGGCAUAUUUUUCCCUUGAAGUUGGCUUCAGUUUUCAAAGAGUUGAAAAGAACUGGACUGAAUCUGCAGCGUGUUCCUGAUCUUUAUGGCGGACUCCGACACAGAUGCAUUUACACAUUGACACACUAUGGUACCAUUAUUUUUUCCUAGAUACAGGUUGUAGUUUUUAAUUGGCCUAUUUAACAAAUGAAGCAACAGCAAAGUUAACUUUUUUGGCAAUUAAUUGAUUCAGUGCUGAUGAUGUCACAAAUUUUAGUGGUUUUGCAAUAUGUAAUCUAUUCUGUAUUCCUGUCAUUAGAAAGUAUUGAUUUACAUAAAAGGUACCCAGCAACUCUUGAGAUGAGUAGGGUAUCAUGUUAUUAUAACUGACCAUAAGGGCUGUAACCCUUUCCUGAAGUCCUUAAUCCUCAGUCCACAAACUGGACUUGGACAAGCAGCAUUUUCAACCUUUACUUCUCAAAAGGACCUGGGCAGCAAAAACAGACAAAAGAUAGAGGGGCAGGAAGAAAAGCAUCUGGAUAAUCAACUUGUUUUUCCUCAUCAAGGUACAGAAGGCUCAUAACUGAGGUUAGGAAAUUAUCAAAAUACUUUGCAACAGGCAUUCAACCUUUGUUACAGAUUGAGAAGAGUAGGGGUAGAAAAUAAUACACCAAUUUAAUACUCAAUGUUAAUUUUAAAAUAUGAAUUAUUGAUCAUUCAAAUCCUGCUAAAACAUCCUAGUAGAAAAAAAGCUUGAAAGAAGUUGAAGUUUAAUUAUUCGUAUCUAAAGGGAAAGCACAGAGUUCAGUUUAAUCCAGGCAUUCUUCAGACUUCAUAAUGUGCAACUGAUUCUCAUUAAAUGCAAUUCAGAAUUUUAGAUUCUACGUUUUACCACAAAGAUAUUCUAUUGAGUAAUCACAUAUUAAAAAACCUGGAUUAUGUAGUCAUCGGCAAGAAUAGUGCUCACCAUUCAUUAUGCUUAAGAGUUUUAGUGAGCUUUUGAGCAGCAACUUAGGGUUGUAGACAGUGAAAUCGGUACCGCAUUCUCCCCAGGGGAUCUAAUACUUGAGAGAGCGGGACAAGCAACAGCCUGCCUCUUCAACUGCAUUGAGAAAUCCUUACUGAGGUGUGCAAUGCCUAAACCAGGAAGUGCAAGUUAGAAUAUUAAAUUCACACAAAUUUUUGGGUGUACCUAUUGGGUAAGCACCACAACUUCACACCUUUCACAUGUUUCAUUACAAUCUCUCAGCGAGAUGCCGGUGUUGCAAAGCUUGUAGAGGAGCAAGGCAAAUCAGAAAGGAAUUUCCUGAUUUCUAUACUUUACUGUGUAUGCGCAGAUAAUGGGAGUUGCUCUCCCAUUUACUCUUUAAUAUCAGUGAGUGGUGAUAGCCUCAGUGUUAUAUUGAGCCAAGAUUUUGUGGUAAUAAAUGUUGAGGAGAAAAUAUAUUGUCUCAGUAGCUCUUAAAUACCUUAGUUAUGUUUUAAAAUUGUUAAAGUAGCUUCACAGUAGACAUUGUGUGUGCAAAAUCUGAGUGAUAUGCACUAUUGAUUUAUAUUAGUUACACAAAAUGUUUACUCCCAGUCUAACUCUAACUAAUAUUCUUGAAGCAUUGCAAAAGAUGACAAAAAUUGAGAAGACAUGCAAAUAUUUCACUAGGAUAAUAUGUCACUUUAGUGUGAACAAAAACUGGCAGACAGGUUGAAGGAAAAUUAAUUUGAACCCUUCAAUUAUUUCAUUAAUUCAUCCACAGUUCAGAUUUUGCUAUUCUAUCAUGCCUUCCAACACUAAGCUACACUUUUUAAAAAUAAUCCUGUUUUUGUUUCUAAACUGCUUCUCCAGGUGGGGACAGCACUAUAAACCCACUUCCAACUGGUUCAAUGUGGGAUUCUCUACUGGUUAUCAUAGAAAAUAAUAUAAAUUAUUCAGCUUUUCUAGUUAUACUAUUCACUGAAAAAAGUUAAGAAAUACUUUGAUCAGCACAAGUUCUCAUGGUUUUAUGUAUCAAUAAACAUUUAAUAAAGGAACACACUCAAACAUUUUCGUAUUUGUUUCAUUUUACAGCAUACAUUUUAGUGUUGUUCCAUGCAAGUUUUUUUUCUUGCAAGACGUAAACUAUAAUUUUAACACAACCUGAACAGUUUAAUUUUGUACUUUUUCAAUGUUUUAUUGAAAAGCAUAUACAUCACUUGGAAUGCGUGUAACUAGACAAUAUUCUUGUAACCACACUGUUGUAACUUCAUUCCAAUUUAACAAUAAACUCAAAAAACAAA